AUGGAGUACCAACAAUUAGUGUCACCUUCGGUAACUGUAGUGCAGCAUGGACCUCACCACCCCCAGCCGCCCACACAACCCCAAUCCCAACAACAGCCCCAUCAUCAGCCGCAAAACCAAUCACAAGUUGUUCCACCCUCGCACCCUCACAUUGUCCUAGCACCUGCGCAUCAACCCCAGCCACAACCGCCCCCAAAUCUGCCUCCACCUACCACUCACGCGCACCAAUUGCAUCCACCCUUACCGCCUAUACACGACGACAGUACCAGCUCAAGGUGGACACAGUACCAGCACAUAUGGCGACAACAUCAUGUUUAUAUCAAUGGUAAACAAAAUAAAGAUGGACCAGAGGAAAAAAAAGACGCUGACGGUGAAUUGUGGGGCAAUGUGGAAGCACAAGCCGCCUUCCUUGGUCCCAAUUUAUGGGACAAAACCCUGCCUUAUGAUGCCGACCUGAAGGUAUUGAAUCAUUACGUGGAUCUGGAUGAGUUUUUAUCAGAGAAUGGAAUACCUGUCGACGGAGUGGGCGGUGGAGUACAAGGGAGCAUGCAGCCAGGUCAAUUACACAAACUGAAUAACCCAAAUGAAGCUGCGAGCCACCAAGGACCUGCUGGAUUACAUCUUGAACCGGUUACCAAGCGGGAAAGAUCACCCUCUCCGAGCGAUUGUUGUUCACCUGACACACUAAAUCCACCAUCACCUGCCGACUCGAGUAAAUAUGACCUUUUAUUAACUAAUAAUUAUUUGGUUACGCUGUCGAUGGCGUCAUCGGGCCGAGACUUUGACCCGAGAACCCGGGCAUUCUCCGAUGAGGAACUCAAACCACAGCCGAUGAUUAAGAAAUCUCGGAAACAGUUUGUGCCGGAUGACCUGAAGGAUGACAAAUAUUGGGCUCGUCGUAGGAAGAAUAAUAUGGCUGCUAAAAGAUCGCGGGAUGCGCGUCGAAUGAAGGAAAAUCAAAUUGCUUUAAGAGCUGGUUUUCUUGAAAAAGAGAAUAUGGGACUGCGACAAGAACUUGAUCGAUUAAAGAACGAAAAUAUGUUAUUACGUGAUAAACUAAGUAAAUAUACGGAUGUCUAA